AUGAAAAUUCUUUGGCUACGACUCAAGAAUCGACUGCAGAUAUCGAUGACAUCCAGUUAAUUUUUGACAAAUUAAAAAUGGACUUAUUAAAUAGCAAAGAUACUAAGUGUAUUUUGGAUACAAUACCUAUUAUAAAUGAGAAAACCCCUAAAAUUCAAACGGUGUUAAACGACAGUGGUGAGAAUAAAGAAGAAUUUGAAAAUGAAGAUACGCAGCCCCUUUUGGCAAAGAGAUCGCCGCCUCCGACUUCGCCAUCUCCGCUAAAUACGAGCAAAUUCGACAUGGCCAAAAUAUCUAGUCUUAAGCCUACGAAAGUCAUUAUGGUUAAUGGAUCGUCUAGCAAAACUACAAAUUCAGAUACUAAAGAAGUGAUAAAUGAGGCACUCUCCGAUAAAUCUGUCGAUGAUGACGAUGAAAUAUCAGAUUCAGAAACACACAUCUGUACGGAAACUUCAUUUGCGGGUGCACAUCCGAUAACUCGGUCAAUGUCCUCGGCCAGCGCCCGCCAAAUAUCUGUCCAUUCCAUAAUACCACCUUCGAACCAGCUGUCGCCAUGGCAUGUUCCAGAUAUUGAUGCCCCGGCUUCGAAUCACAUCAUAAGACGUACCGUCAUGACUACGGAACUAUAAUAUUUUGCAUAUUUAAUUAGGCCUCUAAGGUAGCAUUACGACAGUUGAGAUGGAUUUGAACUAUUUUAAUCUUUUUAAAACUCAGGACACUAUUUUAAGUUUGUCGUUGUGUGACCAUGGCACUCCCUUCCAACAGUUUUAAGUGUUGGGCGUCGAGUGUGCACAGUUAAAUCUAUCAGUUAACGGACUAAUGUGUCAAGACAUUCCAUUUAAGAUCAGUUUCCGUCCAAUCUUUCAAAAUAUUUUUAUACAUAAAUUUUGAUCACGUUUUAGAUAUCGUUAUACUAUUUGACAUUAAAAUUUUUAUUGGAUUUUCAAUAGAAGGUUUUAAAACAGACCAUCAUGAUUGGUCAAGCUACGCCAUUCAUUUAGGCACGAAAAUACGACUUUCUCAAUUCUAUCUGCAAGUGAUAGAUUACAGAAAGUUCUGCCACUCAUCCCUAACAUCGCACUUAUCCCGAGCGAGAGGCCGAUCGAUAGGGUUGCUGCAAUAAUUUCGGUGCCAUUUUUAUAGUCUUUAGCUUAGGAAAUUACGUCGAAUCGAUAUUAACUCUUAAUUCUUUUUCAUGAGAGCCAAUUUGUAUACGUUUAUAUAAUUUUAGUGUUGUAUGUGUACUCUUUUCCCUUUUUGAUAAGACUUAGUAUUAUUGUGUAACGGCAUAACAUUUUACGAUCAAAUCCAUCCAUUUUUAGAUUAUCUCAGGUUGUUGUUGUGUCAUUCAGAUAAUUAUUAAAUCACUAGAUUAUAUAAUGUUGUCUUAAAAAUAAUGUAAAUCAAGAAUUUCCUAUAAUUAAAGAACUUUACUCUCUUCUCGAA